AUGCUACUGUUCUCCAGGCCGGAGUUGCUGUCCACUGAGCGGGGACCUGUCACCGUGCUCAGCAGCUGGGUCCUGGUUCGGUUGAUUAUUUUCUUUUGGGGUCUGGAAAGAGUCUGGAUCCGAAAGGCAAACAUGAAACAUCUCUAUAGCCUCAUGCCUCUGUCUCCAGAAGCCGUCAUGAUGACUGACAGCACGGGUCCAAACAGCUCCGACCCCCCGCUCCGCGUCCCGGAAAGCCGGGCCCCGCAGCAGGGCCCUGUCAACAUCACCUACGUGGAAUUCUACCUGCACAAGCCCUCCAUCGCCGCCGUGUUCGCCGUGUCCUACCUGCUUAUCUUCCUGCUGUGCAUGGUGGGUAACGGCAUCGUGGGCUUCAUCGUGCUGCGCAGUAGGAACAUGCGCACGGUCACCAACAUCUUCAUACUCAACCUGGCCAUCAGCGACAUGCUGGUGGGCAUCUUCUGCAUGCCCACCACCCUCAUCGACAACAUAAUCACAGGUUGGCCGUUUGGCAGCGUUGUGUGUAAGCUCAGUGGCAUGGUCCAGGGGAUUUCUGUCUCCGCCUCAGUCUUCACUCUAGUGGCCAUAGCUGUGGACCGGUUUCGUUGCAUCGUGUACCCCUUCAAGCAGAAGAUCACCGUCGGCCUCUCCAAGAUGAUCCUGGUGGUGAUCUGGGUCCUGGCCGUCUCCAUCAUGUGUCCCUCCGGCCUCAUGCUGCAGGUCACCAAGGAGAACAGCGUCCGCAUCCGAACGGGACCCCUCGACGCCAACGCCGCCGCCGCCUCCCGUCCCUUCUACUGGUGCCGGGAGAACUGGCCCACCCAACAGAUGCGCAAGGUCUACACCACCGUGCUGUUCGCCAGCAUCUUCCUCGCCCCGCUCGCGCUCAUCGUCAUCAUGUACGCCCGCAUCGGCCUCACCCUCUUCAAGACCACCGUUCCCCCCGACGGCAGGGGCAGUGGCAGCGGAGGGACCCGGGACGACGGGGGGGUUGGCGGCGAAGGGAGGCCGACCGCCCCCGCGGACAGACGGCAGAGCGUCUCCAGGAAGAAGAAGCGCGCGGUGAAGAUGCUUCUGGUGGUGGCGCUGCUCUUCGUGGUGUCCUGGCUGCCCCUGUGGACCCUGAUGCUGCUCAGCGACUACGCCAGCCUCAGCGCGCGGCAGCACCGCGUGCUCAACAUCUACGUGUACCCGCUGUCCCACUGGCUGGCCUUCUUCAACAGCAGCGUCAACCCCAUCAUCUACGGCUUCUUCAACGACAACUUCCAGCGCGGCUUCCAGGCCGCCUUUAAGUUCCAGCUGUGCUCGGCGGUCCUCGAACGCCAGAGGACCCUCUCCCUGAGGCUCCUGGGCCGCGCCGCCGCCGGGCCCCAGGGGAACCAGCCGCCGGGCCCCUGGCGCUAGGGGGCUAGUGUCCAGGCCGUCGAGCGGAGGAGCAGCGGAGGGACCAUGCUGGGGUCAGGAGGAGAGGUGUGUGUCUGUGAGCAGUGAGGGGCAGGAUGAACUUGAACUGGUCACUGAAGGCCCAGUUGAGGUGUCUCAGGUUUAGGUGUGUUUUGGAAGUUUAUACGUAUCAAUUUACACUGCUAGCCAAACCUUAAGAUCUUUGUGUAACUCGCUAUUGGUUCGGCUUUACGUCAAGUGAACAACAAUCUUGCACCCAACAUAUUAAUUGAGGCUAUUAGUAUCUUGCAGGUCUACACAUCAUGCAAUGGUCUACACGUCAUGAAAUUUCAACCCCUCAAACUUUUUCAUUUUGUUUGCAAUGGUAGAGUAGAGGGCAUACGAAGAGAGAAACAUUUGAAGACGAAUUGCAAACUAGCCUAUCUGCUAGUUGGUUCACUCAUUCGUUUGAACAUUCACAAAUCUUGGCUGUCACCUUAUUGUGAUUUGGGUAGAAAGUUACUAUUAUGAAGUGUUUACAAAACUUUGUAAACACUAAAACACUUUUGCUGUUUCUGCAAACACUUUAGCUGCAUGCUGAUCGGUUGAUUGUACAAUUUGUGUUUGCCACACUGUGAUUGACAGAAAGGUAUCACUUUAACACUGUAAUCAGCCUUACACACGUGGUUGGUCGAUGAUAAAUAUUUGUGGUGUAAUUUGUGUCAUAUAUAUAUAUAUAUAUAGGUAGGUGGUUAUGUCACACCUCAUUAUCAGCAUAUGUCAUUGUUUAUGCCCAUGAAGACUAACAGAGCUUUGUCACAGAGGCAUCACAGUAGGACCAACACAGGUGUCACUCAUAACACAAUUGAUGGGUGUACUCCUGUGAUGUACCAGGGCAAGGGGAAUAGACUAAGCUAGUGAAGAUAUAUAUUGAGUGCCCUAGUUCACUCAAUGUUGAGACCAGGUCGCAAGGCUUAUGAUGAGGCUUAUGAUGAGUAUUUUAGUAUUGUAACUGUCUUUUAUAGUGAAAUGAUUUUAGACUUGCUUAUUUAAGUUAAGAUCAUCAGAGUUCGUCAGAGCAAGCUCCUGUAAAUAAUAAAAUAAUAGAACAGAUUGUUCUAUUUUAGAACAAGAAAGAAUUUAGAAUUUUAAAUCUAUUGACUCUUUAACUUAGGAGCAUUAGGAGCAAAUGAACCAUCUGUCCACAUUAGGAAAAUACCCCACGGAGCCCUUCAAACACCAUUAGCUAAACAAUUCCUCCUGCUCCCUCACUGCCAUAAGGAUUAGGCCUACGUGACAUUUGACUGCAAAUUGGAUCAGUUAAGACAUUGUUAACCUUUAAGGUCCAAGAGCCAUUUAGGUUCCCAGGUGUUUUAGCUGUUUUAACCUGAGAGCAGGAUUUGUUAACGCCCACCGAAUAUCUGUAUUUGCUGUAGAUUUCUGUUCUGCGUUCUUUGGGAAUUGUUUUACCCUUGUCGCUUUUGCUGUCAUUUGAAUCAUGAAUAUGUAAUAAAU